AUGUCUGAAGAAGCUUCUUCUCCCUCUUCCUCAUCGGAAAUCACCAUCACCGUCAAAGGUCCAUCUGAACUCAAGCUGUCCAUGACUAUCUCACCGGACAAGACAGUGCUGGAUUUGAAAGAGUCAAUAGCCUCGAAAUCCGAUGUGGAGAAGGAAAGACAAAGGCUGAUCUAUUCUGGUAAAGUACUCAAAGAUGAAGAUACGAUAUCAUCAUACAAGAUCCAGACCGGACAUACUAUACAUAUGGUCAAAGGCGCAGCCAAGUCCAACACCCCAGCGACCACAUCAACAACGGGCGGAUCAAGUUCUUCAGCAGCUUUACCUCGAUUACCUCAGAUGGGAACUGGAUUGAACGUGGGCAGUAAUCCGAUUGAUAACGUCGAAAACAUCCAUCAUGGAUUAGCAGGAUUUAACCCUUUUGCUGGUCAACCUGGCUUAGACAAUAUGUUUGAUCCUAAUGCUAUGACUGGAAUGAUGAAUAACCCAGAUUUCCUCAGAUCAAUGGCUGAUAUGAUGUCUCGACCAGAAGUCUUAGAUCAGAUAAUCGCUUCCAACCCUCAAUUACAAUCUAUGGGACCCCAAGUCCGACAGAUGAUGCAAUCCCCCUUCUUUAGACAGAUGAUGUCUAAUCCUGAGACUCUCAGAGCCAUGAUGCAAAUGAACGCUUCGAUGGCUGGACAAGGAGGUGCAGGAGGACUAGGAGGAUUCAACCCCUUUGGUGCAGCUCCAGGGGCCGGUCAAACUCCACAAGCAGGCAAUAACCCUCCUUCAGAUCCGUUCCCCAAUUUAUUCGCUCCCAACGCCCCAACUACCAAUACCGACAACAACAACAAUAAUAACAGUCAGAAUCCUUCAACUCCAUCUGGUGGAAAUGCCCAACCUCCUAAUCCCUUAGCCGCCUUAUUUGGCGGAGCAGGUGCAGGAGCAGGUGCCGGUGGACCUGGUGGAGCUGGUGGCAAUCCCUUUGGAUUUGAUCCUUCGUUGCUUUUCGGCGGUGGUCCUGGUGGAUUUGGCGGGUUCGGUGCGCCUGCUGCACCAAGGGAUGAGAGACCCCCUGAAGAGAUCUAUGCGACUCAGUUAGGUCAAUUGAACGCUAUGGGUUUGUGGGACGCUCAGAAGAAUAUAAGAGCUUUGAGAUCGACAGGAGGGAACGUAGAAGCUGCGAUAGAGUUGAUCUUCUCUGGGCAGCUAGAUUAG